AGAAAAUCAGUAGGUAACUAGGUACCUACCGGCAAACUGAACUAUAAAGUAAUAAGUAGGUAAUUGGAAUUUGGAAUUAUAAAACGUCGAGUUAGCGGCGUGGCGACAAAUUUUAAUUUUAUAUCUGUGACCUUUGCCUUUAUUUGUUCGAAUUUACAAUUAAAGCGCUCGGUGAUAUUGAAAUUGAACGAAGUGAAAGGAAACCGCAUUGCCCUCAGUGCAGUGAUAAAAUAAUAAGUACCUAUUCGCUCAAUACUGACAAUACAUAAGAGUACGCAACUAUGGAGAUUGAAAUCGUAAGCGUGUCUGGCUUAAAAUCGUUAGGUAAAAUACAUGUAAACGAAGAUGCUACAAUUAAGGAUGUAAAAGAUACAAUUCAUAAAAGCGUAAAAAAGUCAUUAUAUCCUGACAGACAAUCACUAAGAUUAGAGGCUAAAGGGCGAUCACUUAAAGAUGAAUCCACCCUGAAAUCUUUAAAUAUAGAUAGUAACGUGAAAUUAUAUUUACAAGAUCUCGGACCACAAAUAUCUUGGAAGAACGUUUUCUUAGCAGAGUAUGCUGGUCCAUUAUUUGUAUACUUGUGGGUAUACCAGCGACCCUGGCUGCUGUAUGAUACUGACUCUGCACCAGGCAGUGUGGCCACUAUUGCAGCAAUCUGUUGGUCAGUUCACUAUGGUAAACGCCUACUGGAAACAUUGUUUGUUCAUCGAUUCUCACAUGGCACAAUGCCUCUUAGGAACCUGUUCAAGAAUUGUGCAUAUUAUUGGUUGUUUACACUAUACAUUGCAUACCACAUCAACCAUCCCCUGUUCACAGCACCGUGCAAUACAUGUGUUUAUGUCGGCUUAGCUGGAUUUACAAUUUGCGAACUGGGUAAUCUCAGCAUUCAUAUUCUUUUGAAGAAUCUUCGUCCACCAGGCACAAAAGUGAGGCGUAUUCCGAAACCUGAUGGAAAUCCUUUCUCUAUACUCUUUAAUUAUGUGUCCUGCCCAAAUUACACAUAUGAAUUUGGAUCAUGGCUCUUCUUUACAAUCAUGACAAAAUGUGCUCCUGCUGGAAUAUUUGCUGUGGUUGGAUUAUAUCAGAUGUCAGUAUGGGCCCUCGGCAAACAUAGAAACUACAAGAAGGAAUUCCCUGACUACCCCAAAGGUCGGAAAGCUAUUUUGCCAUUCAUUCUCUAAACAGUGUUAUAUAAUGGGUUACACAUUAGUGUAUUAGUAUGUUUAUAUGUGAGCAGAAACAGAUAAAAAUGUUUCGUUUUUUAUUUCAAAUGAUCCUACAAUCUUUGGGCUACAAUGGGAUUUAAAACAUUAGUAAUUAGAAAUUAUUUCGGUCUUCUUGGGAGGUGAUGGAAUUUUAUUAUAUAAAUUAUAGCUUUAAUAUAUUAUAUUAGCUUAUUUUGAUUUGUUAGAACUGAUAAUUGCAUAAUUAAUUUGUAAUUGUUCAAGUUAAUAUUUUGUUCAGCUGUUCUUGAGAACAUCAUAAUUUAUUGUAAUAAGUAAAAUAAAGGCAUUUAUAAUUUCUUUUUCUAAA